UAUUCUUGGGAAUGUGGACGAAAGACCUCGAUUUGGUGGGUACGGUACCUACAUAAUAUUUACUUACUCACAUAGCAGUAAUAUUUGGUAGGUACCUACCUUAAUUGGUAUUCAGGCAGGUGUUGAUUAAAGUGAAUAGGUACUACCACGAGAAUACAAACGUAUGUGUUGAUAGGAAAGGAGUGUACCUAGAAUAUACGAAAACUAAACAAACCAGUCAAACCAAGUCAAACGCGCAGUUGUUUAAUGUGUACAAAUUAGAAUUUGUUCCGAGUUUUUAUUUCCUAAUUUGAUCUGAACAUUUUAUCAAACAGUGAGCUUUCAUUUUCAUUUUUUAGUUACGGAUACGAGCAUUCUAGGAGUAAAACUCGUGAUGUGGAUACAUUUUUUAGAUGCUUGAUUGAGUUUUAAUUUAUUAAAUUGAUAGUUGGACUAAACGAUGUUUUCUAAGAAGAAGAAAAAGCCACUUAUUUCGCCGCCUAGUAAUUUUGAACACAGAGUACACACUGGUUUCGAUAAGCACGAGGGAAAGUUUGUUGGACUUCCUCUUCAGUGGGCUUCACUCGUUGGAAACAAUCAGAUAUUAAAAUCAACAAAUCGACCUUUACCAUUAGUGGAUCCCUCUGAAAUUACUCCUACAGAGAUAUUAGAUUUGAAAACAAUUGUUAGAGGUGAUCACAGGAUAACACCAGUGUCAGCUGUAGCAAGACUCUUGCCUGCAAACAUUCCACAGCCACAACCAGCCAACCAACAAAAUGGUUUUAUAUUGCCAAAGACAUCAAAUGUUGCUAGAUCUAAUUCUCUUAGAAGCACAAGUCCACCAAAAAUUCGACGAGAUUUACGUAAUCAGGCUAAUGUACCACCAUCAGUACCCGAAGAAUCUCCUCCUGUGCCUCCUGCUCCACAGCAGUAUCCCAGUUUGAGACGGGAGCAGAGUAACUAUGCUGUAAAUAAGCCAAUUCCAGAGUCUCCAGUGGAAUGGUCACAGCAUAUGCACGAGGCAACAAUCAGACAAGUUGCUGAAAUUAAUGAUAACCAUCAUGCUGGUAUGACUUAUCAGAACAUACAGAAUGCGAACAUGCCAUAUCAACAUAGUCAUCAAACACAAGCUGUUACUCACAAUAUGCAUCUUGGCCUUAAUGGAAACAACUUGCCCAUUGGUGAGAACCAACAAGUUCUACGUCACCAGCAUCCUGCAUCGACCGCCGGUCCGGGCUCGACAGCGACCUCGAUACCGCUCGCCGCAUCAAAGCAUGAAUUGCGAUUGACGCAUGAACAGUUCCGCGCAGCGCUACGUCUAGUGGUGAGCGAGGGCGAUCCCCGCGCUACGUUGACCGGCUUCAAUAAGAUCGGCAAGGGGAGCACGGGCAUAGUUUGCUCGGCGACCGACACCCGCACGAGGAGAAGCGUCGCCGUCAAGAUGAUGAACUUGCGAAGGCAACAGAGACGAGAACUUCUGUUCAAUGAAGUUGUGAUAAUGCGAGACUACCCGCAUCCGAACAUAGUGGAGAUGUACGCUUCCUAUCUCGUUGGUGACGAGCUAUGGGUGGUCAUGGAGUACAUGGCGGGCGGCGCGCUCACCGACAUCGUCACCCGCGUCCGGAUGGACCCGGAACAGAUCGCCACGGUCUGCAAGCAGUGCUUGAAGGCUCUGGCAUUCCUUCACAGCCAAGGCGUUAUACACAGAGACAUCAAAUCCGAUUCAAUACUAAUGACGGCAGACGGGCGCGUCAAGUUAUCAGACUUUGGCUUUUGUGCUCAAGUGUCGCAGGAAUUACCUAAAAGAAAAUCACUAGUUGGUACACCGUACUGGAUGUCACCUGAGGUGAUAUCGAGGCUGCCGUACGGACCCGAGGUGGAUGUGUGGUCGCUGGGCAUUAUGGUGGUCGAAAUGGUAGACGGUGAGCCGCCAUUCUUCAAUGAACCUCCCCUACAGGCGAUGCGUCGAAUCCGCGACAUGCCGGCGCCCCGGCCGCGCGGCGCCGCCCGCUGCCCGGCCGACCUGCUCGCGUUCGUGGAGAGCGCGCUGGUGCGGGACCCGGCGCUGCGGCUGUCCGCGCCGCGGCUGCUCUCGCACGCCUUCCUGCGCCGCGCCGGCCCGCCCGCGCUGCUCGUGCCGCUCAUGCACGCGCCCUGACCCGCCCCCACCCGCCCUGACCCGCCAUCACCCGCCACGGGACACGCCGACUGUUCUCGACUGCUCUCGGGUAGACCGGUGUUAUAAAAUAAAAGAGUCGACUGUAUUAAUACGAUAUGUGUAAUAUUUGGUUAAUUUAUAAAAGAGUAACAAGCAGGUGUUGCGGGUGUCGUUGCUGCACGAAGUGUCGAAGAAGGUGUUAAACCGAGACCCCGCGCCGCUGUCCUCCUCCCGUCGCCCGCGCCGCGCGAUAGUCGAUGUUUGUGCAUCGAGACCGACAAUCGUAACCUACACAAAUCCGGACGAACUAAUCUAUACUAAUAUCGUCUUUUCUCAUUAAAUGUGUACAAUUUCCAAAAAAACGAUUCGAAAUUGAGUUAAUAUGCGGAAUCAUUUGGUAUCACCAGUUUUUUUCUCUCUAAUAAAUACUGUCAAAAGAGCGUAGUUUAGUUUUAGUUUUUUUUUUGGUUUACCUAUGUUUUGACUACUAUUAACAAAAUUAAUACAUAACUUUAUCUUACUUUAAAAGACAGAAAAUAUAUGAAAUAAAUGUUGCAAAGAUGAUUAAUAUUAAAAAUAUCACAUGUUAAACCUUUAAAACACUCUCCUAUAAAAUUAGUAAGUUUUGAGAUUAUACAGUUUUAAUGCGAGAAGACGAUAUAUAAAUCUCCAAUGGUUUUUACGGAUGUUCCGUUAUAACUACUGAACCAUGCAUCCGAUUGACUUGAAACUUGGUAUCCAUGUAGAAAAUACAUGUACUUAAUGGAUAGGUAAUAAUAUUUAUAUGAGUGUUAGAUUCCCUAAUAAUAAUGACAAUGAAAUAAUGUUAAAAAUGCGCAGCGAAGCGGGCGAGUACAGCUAGUUCUAUCAUAAAAGCGACUACGUGUCAAACGGAGAAUUGCGGUGCAAAUAUUCCGAGCGAUGACUGGUGGUAGGACUUCAUGUGAGUCCGCACGGGUUUCUUCGUAUUUCUGCCGUGACGCAGUAAUGCGUUUUGGCUUGAAGGUUCAGUCGUUGUAAUUAUACCGAGAUCUUAGAACUUAUAUUUCAAAGUGGGUGGCGCAUUUACGUUGUAGAUGUCUAUGGGCUCCAGUAACCACUUAACAGCAGGUGGGCUGUGAGCUCGUCCGCCCAUCUAAGCAAUAAAAAAAAACCUACCAGUGUCUCAUUUUUUUUCUUUUCUACCUAAGCUGUACAGCUGUAGGUAGGUUGGUCGUUCCCGGUGUAAUGACGUCACAAAGUUGCGCUUGUUGUAAGAGUAACCGAGCCAUAUUCGUGUUAUGGUAGUGAAUUGGAUAUUGAUACCGGUGACGUCAAAGCAGCAGUUCAAUUAAUUAUGAGGCCCUAUCCUAUAGGGCAGUGUACAAACUCGUUUGUAGAUGUGUAAGUCGGUCUUACUAGCACUAAGUGUGCAUGCGUAGGCAUGAAAUAGCCUUCAGAGGGUAUUUCAGCGUAACCUUAACUAGUGGGUGAGCUCACGGGGCUCAAACCUGACGACGUUGCUAACACGAACCCUAGCAAGAGCAGUGCUUCGCAGAAUCUACCACCGGAUCGAAAAUGCGUCCCACUGAGAAGAUCCGGCGAGAAACUCAGUGGGCUGUGUCUGAGGGUUAAUUUACUCGUCGAGCCCUUCGUCUCAAGCGACGGGUUCGACGAGAACGAUGACCGGCCAGUGUCUCAGUUGACGCCAUGAAAUUCAUCAGCUAACAUGUCACAAGCUGUUGGUUGCAUGUACAAAUCCUCAUGUUAUUUGGUUACAACAAACUGAAACAGGUAUUCAUUAUAUAAAUCAGUAAAUGAAAAAAUCUCCUUUUGUCAGGAACGACCAUAGACAUCUCAUAUUUUCUGUUGAACGGCCAAUAUUAGUUAUCUCUCUCUAAAUGAUAUGAUUAGAUGAACUCUGAAUUAUUAAUUUAUGGAAACAAUCCAGAUGGAAAUGAAAAUCCAGAUUGGAAUCAUGACAUACCCAAGUUGUUUUACGCAACUUCUUUUUGUAACGCAGUCAAUAUCGAUUUUGAUUAAGGUUUAUUCAUGUAAAUGUUUAAAUAAUUAUUCUGUUUUUCUGCUAAAAUCAUAAUAUUCACAUUUGGUAGUAUUAGGUCUUUUAGAAUUGACCAGUGUAAUGAUAUGUUUAUGUAUUAAAUAAAUCUUCAUAUCAAUUGUAUUCUAUAAAAUAUAGCUUAGUUGAAAAAUCGUCUGUUAUUGAAACAAAAUGUUAUGACAUUCCCUAUUGUAUUUCCUUAUAUUUGUACGUAUUAUUGUUAAACAUUCUUUAUUGCCAUAAAAUUGUUGAAUUGAUGUAGUUUAAAAUAAUUUAUUACAUUUGGAAGAAUAGAUAUUAGUGUGAUACUCAACUACCCCGUCCAGUAAGUACAACGUUUUGUCAUGUUUCUCUCUUGUUAUUAAUCAUAAUGUUUCGGUCUACUUAAAUUAUAAUUGGAAACAUAAAAGUUAUCAACGAAUUACUUAAGUGUUUCGAACAGAGUAUUAACAUUGACAAUUCACAAAGAUGAUUCGGUUUUAGCGAUAAGUUAAUAAUUUUUUAGUAUUACUUAAAAAUGUCAACAUUCCUGAACUUCGAUACUUCCAAAUUCUUGUCACAAUUUUAGGUAAAUUGUACGAAAAAAAUAUCUUGGCCUUGUAAUUUAACUGUGAUUUCACUCGCCGACUUUUUAUUAAUAUAUUUACCUUCGACUUACGAAUAGGCUAGAUCCGCUAGAAUUAAAAUUAUGAACUAUUAAAAUGUUAUUCGUAGUUUUAAGAGGGCCGCUAGGUUUGAUAUUAAUCCUUCAUAUUUUUAGACGUAACAACAGCCUUAAUAGUAUUAGUGCCUUAAAGUAGCCUAACGUAAUUUUAAAAUAAUGCACCUGAUAUUAGCUGUAAGGAGAUAUCGAUAUUCUCAUCACAAAUUACCCAUCUCUCGUGCAGCUGUAUUUUUCCGUAAUUUAUUGUUACAUCGACAUCCGUUUUGUAUAAGGUUUUAAGCCAAAUAUAUUGUAUUAUGAAAUCACAUUGUUAACAAAAAUGUUAUGAAAUAUAGAUUUUGAAAUAA